UCGGCCGGUGGCCGGACCGGUGGCAGCUGCUGCAGCAUUACCUGGCGGAGGACGACACACAAGACUCGCCGCAGAGUGACCGCGACGGAGGGGUCGAAGACGAGGAGCAGCACUGCGAUGAGGAGGAGCAGCCAUCAGAGGGUCCGCCUCACCCACACCGGCAGAGGUGGCGGCAGAUUGAACAGCAACAUCAGCAGCGGUGGAAGGAGCUGGAACUACAACAUCAGCAGCUAUGGCAGGAGCUGGAGGAUCCAGGUCACGAAGAAAGAGUGAGGAUGGACAAAGAGCAUGAAGAGGAGCGUCGACAUCUGGAGCAGAAACACGGUACGGAGUGGCAGAACCUGGACGAACGUCACUAUGAGGAGCGUAUUGCGAUUCAUCAGCAGCACGGCGAGGACACCAGAUGCAUGCACUUACGAGACAAUGAGCAAGCACGAUCCAGGCUUUUGCGACGGUUCCUGAAAUGGAGAGGACAAAGGAGGCUGAGUAAGAUGCACCGACAGCUGAAACAACUUGAUCGCUUCCACCAGCUGCAGUGGAAAAAUCUCCAGCAGAAGCUGCGGCAGCAGCGUCGAGAGCUGAAGCGAAGACACCAGAGAGAGUCACGAGAACUGGAGGAGAGAUUCCCGAGCGUCCGGUCGGAGGAGUUGGAUCGGCUGCUGGAGGAGUGCAGCAAGAGACGUCAGCAGCUAGGAGAGGAGUUAAAGGAGCAGCUUCAGGAGCAGGAGCACGAUUAUCAGCAGCGUGUCACCAGGAGCCUGCUGGCGCGCCACCAGGAGGAGCGUGAACAGCUCCUUCGGAAGCACGAGGAAGAAACUAGAUGCCUGAACAUGCGGAUCGAUGAACAACCACGGUCGUGGCUUCUGCGGCGGUUCCUGAAAUGGAGAGGACAAAGAAAGCUGAGUAAGAUGCACCUGGAACAGCUGAAACGACUUGAUCGCUCCUACCAGCAGCAGUUUGAAGAUCUCCAGCAGACCCUGCAGCAGAAGUGGCAAGAGCUGAAGGAGAGACACCAGGAAGAGUCACGAGAGCUGAAGGAGAGACACAAUAGAGAGUCUCGUGAGCUGGAGCAGGGACACCAUACAGAGUCACGAGAGCUGAAGGAAAGACACCAGAAAGAGUCACGAGAGCUGGAGCUCAGACACCAGAGAGAGUCACGAGCGCUGGAGGAGAGACCAUGCACUGAAGAGGAGUUGGAUCGGCUGCUGGGGGAGUGCAACAGCAGACGUCACGAGCUGCAGGAUGAGCUGCAAGAGGAGCUGGAUAAGGAGCUGGAGGAGCAGCUUCAGGAGCAGCAGUGCCCUGAGGAAGAAUCCAAUGAGCAGCAGCAGGGGCAGCAACAGCAGCAGCAGCAGCAGCAGCAGCAGCAGCGGGAUCGACAGGGCAACUGGACGCCCUACGAGAGGCAAAUCUAGCCUCGAAGCAUGCCAACCCAGCCGGUCAGGUCACGCCAGAUCACCACAGACGUCACCAUCACCGGCAGUGACAGCACCACCGGCACCACCGGCAGGCAUCCAACAUCACCACCGUCUCCAGCAUGACCAUCAGCAUCACCAUCACCAGCACCAGCACCAGCACCACCGGCUACGGGAUCAAACCCGCCACCAGC